AUGGAUGCAGAGAACUUCAGAAAACUCACGGCGAUCCUAGAUGUCCUGGAUCGCUACAAGAAGUCGCUGGCGGUGGCCUCCUUCCAGGCCUCGCCUGAGAAGUCCUUCGCCAAAUACGCUUCGCGAGCACCCAGUCUGCGAGGCGGCAAAGGAAGCACUUGGAUGCCGCCGUCUGUUCUCAGUGAUUCCUUCGGGACCAUCGAACACGAUGUGAGCCGCCCUGCGUCAGAAAACUGGCCUGUAGCGACAGCCGCGGCCAUUCAGCGGAAGCUGACGAUCCGCCGCGCGAAGACGCUUCAGAUUCGGCGUCAGGCGACCGUGCGCGCGUCCUGCCCGGAGCUUCCCCAGAUCCAAGGUCUGCAGGUCGAUGUCGACGCGUCCUGUGGAUCUCGCUCUCGCGACUUGCCUGCGCACACUGCACGCGGGCCGCGCCCGGGGUGGCUACACAUGUCUGCAGAGCUCGCUACGCCGCUGCGAGAAAAAGUCCGCAGUCGAGGCAUGGUGCGCUGCUUCAGCGGUCCACUCCACAGCGAAAGGUCCCUACAGGAAAGUCUCAAGGCGAGUACGAGCCGCCGAUGGGCCUCAAGAAGCGAGGGAGACGUCACGGAGGAGGCAGUGGAUUCAGACGACGACGAGUCUCUCCGGCCGGACAUCGUCUUUACCGACUCGGUAGCGUCGCUGGAUGUCAAGAGCCUGUCGGAGCUGGACUUCGACGACGUCGACCUGGAACAGAUCACGCCCAAGAUGCUCGGACAGCUCUUUGACCGCAUCAUGGAAUGCCUCCAAGUGGAUUUUAAAGAUCUAAUCGACAAAGUGAAGGCUCAGAACGGCCACCUCAAGCAAGAUAUUAUUUCGAUGAAGAAGAAGCUUCAGGACGCAGUCGACACAAAUGACGAUCAGGUCCAAGAGCUGAAGGACAUGACAGAACGCGUCGCAGACUUGCAGGCGGAGGUCAGGGAGCUGAAACGCCAGCUCAGUUUGCUAGAGGCCCAGCUCCAAAAAUACGCGGAGCAGGAUCGCGAGAUGCAGGCGCUGAUGCAUGAAAAGGCGGCGUGGGAGGCUGAGCGCCAUAAGCUGACCGUGCGCGUGCAGAAGUUGACCCAAGAGCUCGGCACCAGGGACGACGGUCAGCGUCUCUGGCAGCUGCUGCGCGAUUUUGACUGCCUCGAGGCGCUGAACCAGGAGAAGGAGGAGCGCCUCAAGACGCUCGCGAAGCAUUUGGAGGCGAAGGAGCGCGAGAUCGAGUCACUGAACCUCAACCUGUCCAUGCAGCAGAACACACCCACGACACCUCGACGCGAACCCCGCAGCUCGCUCGUCUCACCGCGCGUCUCCUUCGAAUACUACUCCUCGAGUCUUGGGCGGCGAUCGACCGUCGCGCGACGGCACAUCGCCGAUACGAUGGCGCUGGGGCCCGUGGCGCCGGCGCCGUCACUGGCUGGAGAGCUCCGCGAAGCCAUUCAAGAAGAAGAGGAGAAACCAGGCUCUCGAGUGGAAGCAUACGUCAAACAGCUUGAGGAGGUGCAGCGCAAGCUGGACAACGCCCUCGCAGACCUUGAGGAGGCGAGUCGCACGAACGACCAGCUGCGGAACGACGUGAGGUGUCUCCAAAUGGAGCUCGAGGAGAAGUCUAAGGUUGUGGAGGAACUGACGGAAGAGGUCAAGGACAAGGACCAGCGCCUCAGCAGCGCCGUGGAGAAACUCAAAGACAGAAACGUGUCUCUCGAAGAAAUUCGGCGGAAACUGUCGGAGGCUGAGGAGGGGAGGAGCAGCAAGGACACCGAGUUGGAGAGUCUGCGUGAGGAGCUCGCUGCCGUCAGGGCGGAACUCGACGCCUUGAAUAAGCAAGGCUUAGACGGCAGGGAGCUCACCGAGUCUCUGAAGGGACAGGUCGCUGGCCACGUCGAGCAGCUAGAGCGACUGGGUGCCGAGCUUGCGGAGGCGCGCCAGAAGCUGGACAAAGGCAGGGAUGCAAACAAGGUUUUGAGCGCCGAGCUCGAGAGCUUGAAGAAACAGUUGGAAGAUGCAGCUGCGCAGCAAGACGUGAGCGAAGCGACGCGGCGCGCUCGGCUCGACGAACUUGAAGCAGAGCUGGAAGCGGCGCGCGGGAAGGCGAGUCGCAUCGCAGAGCUUGAAGGGCAGCUGAAGGAUCUCGAAGAGGAGCGCGAACUCCUCCGCCGCACAGGCGCGGAGAUGGAGGAGACGCUCAAGACGGAAAUCGAGAUCCUUCGCGCGCACAUCGUUGAUCAAGAACAGACUUUUGCGCGGACGAGACAGGAGUUGUGGGAGCAGUGUGAAGCCGCCGAACAGGAGAAAGCUGACCUUGAGAGCCGCCUGGUGCGGCUCGACGAGGACUUGAGACGCCUGCGAGAGGCUGAGCGUCGCGCCGAGGCGCUCAAACCAGAGCCCGACACGUUGGCGGCUGCGGAGGCUGCAUCUGAGGAGGACGCGCAGAAAGUCCGCGCACUGCUAGAGCAGCACCAGACGGAGUUGCGCCUGUUGCAGGACGAAAUCGCGCAGCUUUCUCGAACGAAGGAAGACCUGGAGAAGGAGAAAGUGGGUCUGGACGCGCGGGUGUCCGGCCUCACGCAGGAGCUUAAAGAGGUUCAGACUCUGUACGAGGAAAUGCAGAACAAACUAAAGUCUGCGUUGCGGGAGAAGGAGGAGGAGAGGGAGAGACUGGUCGCGGUCUGUGCGGCGAUGGAAAAAUCUGUGGACUCCAAGAUCGAACAGGCGCGGAACGCACUCCUGGAGGAGAACAAGGAGGAGCGGAAGGAGAGGGAACGGCUCGCACACGCCGUCAACUGUUUGCAAGAACAAGUCGAUAAGCUCAAGAGCGACAACUCUGCCCUGCAAGCGGCCCUAGAGGCUGCGGAAAAAGACGCCUCCAGGCAGCCUCCAGAACUCCUGGCUCAGUCACAAGCGCUGCAGGAUGCGAAUGCGCAAUUGACAAAAGAGGUCGCGGCUCUCCAAGCCAAGUUCAACGCGGUGCAGGCUACGCUUCAGGGAGAAAACGCGCAGCUGAAGGAAAACUUACGACAGGAAAGGGCUGCUUUCGAGGCUCUCCAGAGCGCUGAAGACGAUCUGCUACGGCAGCUCGAGGACCUCAAAGAGCGGAAUGCAGACCUCGAGGUACUGGUUAAAGCGACUGAGGGAGAAGGCGAGAUCGACGCCGAGCGUCUUCAGCAGGCGUGCCGCCGCUUGACUGCCCAGGUGGCGCAGCUGGAAAAAGACAUGGAGAGCAAGGAGCGCCAGAUGGAUCAAGAGAAGGACACCCUGCUCCAGCGAUGCAUUCUGCUCGAGGAAGGACACAGAGAGUUGGAGACCUUGGUCACGCAGCUACGACAAGAGAAAGAAAGCUUGCAAAGCAAACUGCAGAGCGCUUCAGACAAGCUCCUCUUUUCUGAACAAGACGCUGAGGAGUGGCAAAAGAAGCACCACCUCUCCGUGAUGGAAAAUGAAAAUCUGAAGAGCAAACUGGCGCUUCUAACAGAGCAGCAGGGACGGUUGAUGGAGGGCGCUGCGGAGCAGCAGAAACUUUCUUCGCUGAUGGAGCACGUGGUUCAGGAGCUGCUCCAGCUGCGCGGCCAAAUGACCGAGUUCAAGGAGCUCGGUACAAAAAUUCAAGACAAGCCUUCCACAACUGUCUUCAACGUCGGUUACCCGGAGAACGUCAUCCCCAUGGUCAACGUCCAUGGCGACCCAGCGUCAUCUCAAAGUGUGAACAUCUCAGGUAUGUACGACCUGCGUAUGAGCGCCGGUCAGUACGCCACGUUCUCCGCUGGCGGAAGGAGCCGGGCAGCGACGCCAGCGCGGAAGAGCCGUGCUGCCGUACUACUGGAGAGUCUCAAGGAGGGACUCUACAGCAGUUCUUGCUGCGUAAAUCAGGCGGACAGUCGAGCAGUGUCCACGUACGGAAACGGUGGUACAACGUACGUCUUUCCUGCGGCCGUACGCCAAGCGCCCACGGCGUACACAACGCCUACGGGUGCGAACUCCCCAAAGGGAAAGGGGUCGAGGGCUUCAAGCGUCUUGCGGAUCCAGACUCGAGCUGACGACUUGUCUGUGGAGCAGUUCUUUGCCCAGCCCACAGAAAGCGACACAAGGCCCGCAAUUCACCCGCUUCUGCCGCCAGGCCUGGCAUCUCCUCCCGCUUAG